AUGCCAGCCGCGUCGGCUGACGAUGACCAGUGUGGCAAGACUUUCAAAUAUUUGUCAUAUCUGACAUGACACCAGCGAACCCAUACAGGGGAGCGUCCAUACCACUGCUCCCAGUGUGGAAAGAGCUUCAGGUCCACAUCACAUCUGACAAUACACCAGCAAACCCACAAAGAACAGCAUCCAUACCAUUGUUCUCACUGUGGGGGAGAGGGCUGUAGAUCUGCAUCAAAACUGAUGGCACACCAGCGAAUUCAUACAGGAGAGCGCCCAUUCCACUGCUCCCAGUGCGGGAAGAGCUUCACAUGUGCAACACACCUGACAACGCAUAAGAGAACUCAUACACAGGAACGAAGAUUCUCUUGCUCUCAGUGUGGGAAGAAUUUCAGAUCUUCAUCUGACCUGAAAAAACACCAGCGAAUUCAUACAGGGGAGCGUCCAUACCAGUGUUCCCAGUGUGGGAAGAGGUUCAAAGCUGCAACACACCUGACUGCACAUCAGAGAACUCAUACAGGGGAGCGACCAUAUCUCUGCUCCGAGUGUGGAAUGAGUUUCAGUCACUCAGGUACUUUGACGCUACACCAGCGAACCCAUACAGGAGAGCGCCCAUACCACUGCUCCCAGUGUGGGAAGGGUUUCAGAUACCAGUCUGACCUAAAACAACAUCAGCGAAUCCACACAGGAGAGCGUCCCCAUCAGUGCUCCCAGUGUGGGAAAACCUUCAGUCAAUCAAAUAAUCUGACAGAUCACAUGAGAAUUCACACAGGGGAGUGCCCAUACCACUGCUCCCAGUGUGGAAAGAGCUUCACUAGAUCAACUACUUUGAAGAAACACCAGCGAAUUCAUACAGGGGAGAAUCCCUACACCUGCUCCCAGUGUGGGAAGAGCUUCAGAUACCAGUCUGACCUAAAACGUCAUCAGCGAAUUCACACAGGUGAGCGUCCAGUCCACUGCUCCCAGGGAGGGAAGCCAUUUAUUAGACUGAGAGAUUUGACACAACACUAA